CCUACGGAGGAUCAGGAGACCAUUCUACAUCGCUGUAUUGUGCGAGCGACGCAUCAUUCGGCGAUGAUCCCAUCACCAGAUUUAGUUCACAAGGAUACACCACCAUGCUCUUUGGAGGUCCAAUUGACUGGAAAGCUACAAAGCAGCGAUCCGUGGUCACUUCUAGCACCGAAGCUGAGCUGGUGGCCCUCAGUGUCGCAGCGAGGAACUACCUUGCCACUCUUCGUCUGAUCAAGGAGCUUCAGCUACGUUUUCAUGGCAAGGUUCCGAUCCAGAUGUUCUGUGAUAACCGCCAAACGCUGCUGUUACUCACUAGUGAGAGGCCUCAAGCCACUACGAAGCUCAAGCAUGUUGACAUCCAUCGUCUUUGGAUCCGACAAACAGUCAGACAGGGGAAGAUAUCCGUGGACUGGAUGAGCACUGACAAGAUAGUGAGCGAUGGGCUUACAAAGAUUCUCCCGACUCAGAAGCAUCAGAACUUCGUGAAGCUUCUGCAGAUGGAGUGCGUACCAGCGGUCCACCAGUGAACAGCUUGCUCAAUUUCGCCCACCUCUCCUAACACUUACACACAUCCUUAUUUGCUUCACAAGCACGAUUUCCUUCAUCUGCCCUGAGAACGCCAACUGUUCCAAAGGCACCAAAUUCUCUACCAAAAGCCGCCAACAGGCAUCUGCCUGAUCUUUCGUGGUUCAGAUGGUCAGAGAGAGGCUCGCCUACCCAUCUGAGGGGGUGUGUUGCCGAUCAGGCAAGGUUCUGUUCUGUGACCCAGGAGUACUUUCAUCCCAAAUGUGGAGUCCUCAUUUGAUGCAUUUGUUCUGUCGUUAUCGCCCCGGUAAGACUCCUUACCGAUGCUGGAUCUGACCAAUUACCUUCGUUUGGACUUCUGGAAGUCUCCUUUUGUACCUUAACAACAAUCAAUCCACUUUGUUCAAUUCCGUGG